AUGAAUCUUAUUAACGCCUUUUCUCUUAUAAAAGAUAAGAAGGGCUCUAAAAGUUGUAAAAGAAGGAAAACAUCUUCAAAACAUUUAUUUAGAAGAAAACGUGAUAAAAAUCAAUCAAUAUUACCAUUUUAUAAGGAAAAAAAUGCAGAUAUUAUAAUCAAUUCGGAUGAAGAUGGGCCUAUACAUAGUAGAAAUAGCGGAAAUUUAUUCUCUAAUGGUUUAUUAAGCCAUUCAGCCUUCUCAAAUAAUUGUUUAAAACUUGAAAAUCAGAAUUUAUUUAAAAUAUAUGAAUGUAAUACAGAAAACAUAGUUGAUUUAGUAAAAGAAAAAGAAUAUGAUGAGGAAAUUGAAUUGAUAGAUGAUUCUGAACAAGAAUAUUGUCAAAACAUAUCAAAUAUAUCAGAUAAAUCAGAGUUUUAUAAAAAUGAUCUAAAAGAUUAUGAAAAUAAUUCAAAAAAAGAAUCUAAUUCAGAUUCAGAUGAGAGUAAUAUUAAAGAUUAUUGUAUAAAUAUGUCACAUUCUCAUUGGGAAAAUAAAACAAUGGAUAAAAAUAUAAAAAAAAAAAUAAAACAUGAAUUUGAAUCAGAUGCAUUGGGAAGUUCAGAAGAUGAACAAGAAUGUUCUUUUAUGAUACCAAAAAUGAAGCAACGAAAAAUUAUUUUUUCUGAUGAUAGUGAAGAUUCUCAAUUAGAGAUAGAAGAAGAUUUAAAUAAUUUAAACGAAAAAGAUAUAUUAGAAGAAAGAACUAGAGGAUCUAAGAGAAAUGUAAAAAAAAGAGUAUUUCAACGGCAACUUGAAAGGCUUAAACAAAGAAAAAAUAAAAACAUGAAGAAAAAUUCUGAAGAAGAUUCAGACGAUCUAGAAAUAAUACACAAUCCUAGGAUUCGUUCAAAACAUAAUUCAUAUCCUAUAUUUUCUGAUAGUGAAACAAGUCUAAAUACAGAAGAAUCUGUUUCUUUGGACGAUUUUAUAAUAAGUGAUAAUGAACCUAUUGGAACACCACAUUCUCAAAUCCCUGUUGAAUUCACAGUAUUUAGUUAUCAAGGAAUUUCAUCUCAUUUUAGAAUUUUUCUUCAUCACAAAAUACAUAAACUUUUAAAUCCAGAUUUUAUUAAUGAAUCAAAUCAUUUUAUAUUUUCUCAAAAAUAUUUAGAAAGAAGAUUCAAUUCUUUGAGGGAUUCUGUUCUUUCAUCAUCAGCAUGGAAACAACCAUUUAUUAAUUCGAUUUCUUCUCUACCAAUAAUAAAAUCAGGAACAUGUGAAUCACGUUUUAAAUGUGAUGCAUGCCAUAUAUCUGGAAGGACUUCAUCCUUCUGGAUUCGCUUUAUUAAUUUAAAAUAUGAUCCAGAAACAUUAGAAAUAUAUGAAACUAAGGAAUCAGAAGAGUCAUUAGAAGACAGAACAGACAAUUCUGAUAGAAUAUGGUAUCUUGGAAGAUUCUGUUUCUCACGAGCAAAAAUUGCACAUAGUUUUUGGCAUUGGCAUUUUAAUUUAAAUGAGGAUUUAAAAAGAAUACUUAAGAAAAGUGGAAAACUUGAUUUUUUCAAAAAAAAACUGCUUACUAUGAAUAUCUCUCAACGCACUAAGAAAAUUGAUGAAGUAAUAAGGGAAUUAGAUAAUUCUGGAAAAACAAACGAAAUAUGGGAAAAUUUUAACAAUAUUUUAAAAAAAGGCGAAAACUUCAUGACUGCACCUAAUAGAUUUAAAAAUGAUCAUUAA